CGGAUCUCAGAUUGAGGAUCUCGUCCAGGAUGGCUCUGCGCUCUCUGUCGCUCCUGGUGUUGAUGGUGGUCGCUCUGCGGGAGAGCUGCCUCGGCGCCUCCUCGCACUCCCUGAAGUAUUUCUCCUCCUCCAUCUGGGACCCCAGUCAGGGGCAGCCCCACUUUGUCUCUGUGGGGUACGUGGACGGUCAGGUCUUUGUUCACUACGACAGCAACAGCCGGAGGGUGCAGCCUCGAGUCUCCUGGAUGGAGAAAGUGGGGAAGGAGGACCCCCAAUACUGGGACAGAGAGUCUCAGAAACAAUUGGGCACAGAGGAGAUGUUCAGAGCAAACCUGGAGAUUGCGAGGACUCGCUACAAUCAGAGUGAAGGCCUUCACAUAAUACAGUGGAUGUAUGGGUGUGAGCUCCUGGGAGACGGGAGCAAAAGAGGGUUUAUGCAGUAUGGCUACGAUGGGAGGACCUUCCUCACCUUCGACAAGGAGAGACUCAUCUGGGUGGCUCCCCAACCCCAGGCCCAGAUCACCCAGAGGAAAUGGGACGCUAUUCCAGGAUUGAAUCAGAGAGAUAAGUCCUAUCUGGAGGAAAUCUGCAUUGAGUGGCUGGAGUGGAUCCUGUCCUACGGGAAGGAGAUGCUGCUGAGGACAGAGCCCCCAGAGGUGACCAUGAGCAGCAAGAUGGAGAUGAAGGAUGGGAUGGAGAUGCACGUCUGCCGCCUGGAUGGCUUCUACCCCAGGGAGAUCGAUGCCUCCUGGACGAGGGACGGGAAGGUCUGGCUGCAGGACACCCUCCGUGGCUCCGUGGCCCCCAACGCGGAUGGGACCUAUCACCGCUGGCUCAGCAUCCAGAUCGAUCCCAAAGAGAGGAGCCGCUAUCAUUGCCACGUGGAGCACGACGGCCUGCAGGAGCCUCUGGACGUGGCCCUGGAGGAGAGACAUCAAGAUGACCACAAUGCAACACCGAGUGAAUUGUCCUCUUUACAAGUAAUCGCCAACUUAGAGCAGGGACCAGAGGCGCCAUCACUUGAGAGGAAGUGAGGAAGGAUCCAGCAGUUCCAGCCAGGUACCAGUGGACACUCCCAGCAUAAGGAGGGAGGAGAGAAGAGGGGAUCAACUUUCUUCUGAAUUAGGACCGACUCUCAGGUGGAGCCCUUCAAACCCUUCCAGCAUGCUGGAACCAGGAUGUAUUUUGGGCCUUGCUCUUCAGGUGCCUCAUUUCAUGCAGUCGCCCAAGAAUGCGGAGACCCUUGAUUGAUGGGAAAGAAGUCCCCAUAUUACGGCGGAUGCUUUCUGAGCAAAGAAGCAAAAGGAGAGAAAGUGAACAGUGAAAUUGAAAAGGGUGGGGGUCUUUCACCCAAACUUCUUUUGGGAUUCCCAGAUGCCUUCAAGAGCUGGCCAUCUUUGAGAGCCUAUAAAAUAGACUAUUUAAAGCAGCCACAUCCAUCCCGGCCCCUGUGGGCCACAUGCAGCCCUGGAUAGCUAGUAAAGCAGUCCUGCAGAAGUUUUAAUGUUAUAGU